CCUCUUGGAAAUUUGAAAAUUUUAAACCUUGGCGGUCCUUUCGAGCUGACCAGAGUUACAGACUUGUCUAUCUUUCCGAAUCUUGUGGUUUUACGUAUGAGCGAAUGUAGUGGCUUGAUUGAGAUUCCUAGCAGCAUUGGCGAGUUGAAAUGUCUAAAAAAGGUUUUUCUCAUUUCAUUGUGAAAAACUGCAGAGUAUUCCACAAAGCAUCUGCAAUCUGAAAUCUCUUACAGUCCUUGAGAUCUCACAUUGUUUGAAUGUCAAUGAAUUGCCGGAGAACAUAGGGGAUUUAGAAUUGCUGGAGACCCUUGAUAUAUCUGGAAGUGGAAUAAAAACAUUACCAUCCUCCUUCAAUCAAUUGCAAAAUUUGGGAGAGUUAACCUAUGGUAAAUGUGAAGGUUUGACUUUGCCUCCUUUGACAGGUUUGUCCCGUGUAAAGAGAAUUGUUUUAGGUGGUACUGGCAUAUUAGAAAUUCCCCAGAGUCUUUUGUUUUUAGUCUCAUUGAGAUACUUGGAUUUAGGCGAAAAUAAUUUUGAGAGCAUACCUGCUAGCAUUAGACAACUGUUUAAGUUCAGUUAUCUUUUCUUAAAUGAUUGCAAGAGACUUAAAUUUUUAGAAGACAAAGACGAAGACGAAGAUGAACACGAACAAGACACAUAUCUUGAGUUUCAAAAUUCCAUCAAUUUGGAUAAGGAUGUAUGUGAGAAAUUAAAGGAGUAUGUAUUUGAAAUGCAUCUGUUGAAAAAAAAGGUUGUUAAAUUAUGCAUAUUCGGGGAUGAAGUGCCUCAAAGGAUGAGAUAUAAGAACCAGAUUGGAUCUUCUCUUUCAUUCACACUAGAUCAGCCUAACUUGAUUGGUUUUUCCUUUUGCGCUGUUUGUGAUCCCAAAAAUUUUUUGGGUGAUGAUAUGGCUGACAUUACUUGCGAAGCCCAAUUCAUAGAUAAAUCUGGACAUAGCAAUAAAAAAUUCCAUUUCGAUUGGGUGACUGUGAAAGAUGUUAAUUUAUUAUGUUCAGAACAUGUAUUCCUUUGGAAUGACUCGUUCGACAUGGAAGAUGGUCCCGUUGCGGCCUCAUUCCAGUUCUUCGUUGACAGGGUGUUCGUCAAGGCAAAAUAUCGCAAGGAUCGUGAUUACAGUGCUAUAAUUAAGUGUGGGGUACAUCCUAUAUUUGGAGACGAUUGUCUUGGCAGAGAUAAUAAAAAGAGAAGCAGAAGUCAAGAAGAUGAAGAUGACGAACUUUCUUUUCAAAGAUUGAAACAAGACCAAGAACCUUCUCAUACACUGGAUAAAUCAGAUUCAGAAUGACAACAGGUCUCCUCUUUGGUUGCAGAUUUGAGGCUUGGAGACAUUUGGGGGUGACUUUUCUGCAUAUUUUGCUGCAGCUCUCGACUUGGUUUUGUGGCUACCUAGACCUUUGGUUUUUGUUAUUCUGGCUUUUGUUCAGUUGUGUAUCUAGACUUCCAUUAGCUAUCUUUUGUAAUGCAACUUUGAUGCUGUCUUGUUAGUCUGUUUUGUAUUUUUUUUAUUUAUUUUUUUUAUUUUAUUUUUUUUGACUUAGCAUGUUAUUGCCUAUGUUGGGUGUAACGGGGAACCCUAUCGACUUGGUUUAAUUGGCGACUUUCAUGCUAAGCUUUUUU